AUGGCUUCUAAUACUACUGAUUUCAUAUAUGGUCAGCAUGUCUUUGGUCCCGCGAUGCCAGACCAAUUUGACUUUACGUCGCUUUUUGAAAAUUACUUCUUUUCUAUUGUACCUUCAGCGAUCCUAUUUCUCGUCCUACCGUUUCGACUGCGCUCAUUGCAAAACCGAUCCAAGAAAGUGUCUAGGAGCCUGUUACAUAGCAACAAAUUGGUCUUCCUCGCGAUAUUCACAGCCUUUCAGGCUGCCGUCCUCGUACUAUACGCUGUGAAUUUGAAAAUUAGAGACUUAACCACACUAGUUGCUGCCUCACUUGUCUUCACCGAUGCUCUAGGCUUAUGUUUUCUGUCCCACGCAGAGCAUGUACGGACGCUAACGCCCUCCACUAUUAUCAACUCAUACCUCUUCUUCACUCUCCUAUUCGAUCUAGCUCGUACGCGAACACUAUGGAUCCAAAGCGCUCCCAAGCCGCUCACUGCGGUGUUUACUGCAACCACGGUUGUCAAAUUCGGCAUUGCUGUGAUUGAAUCCAUUGAGAAGCGCGACAUCUUGUUAUUCCAGGAUCAACAUAGCUCGCCUGAAGCUACUAGCGGAAUCUAUAGCCGCAGCUUCUUUUGGUGGUUGAACGGAAUAAUGAGACUUGGGUUCAGGCAAGUAAUCAAACUUAGUGAUCUCUUUGCGAUGAGCAACGAGGUGAGUUCGAAGGUACUCAGCAAGCGGGCCCAGGUUUCAUGGGAUAUUGGCAACCAAAUCCGAUCAAAUGCGCUUUUCUGGUCUACAUUAAAAGCUACACGCUAUCACAUGGCAUUAUGUGUCUUCCCCCGCCUAUGUAUUAUCGGCUUCAGAUUCGCACAGCCUUUCAUACUUUCGAGAACCGUGAACUUUGUAAACUCCACGGAUUCUAAUAACAUUGGCUGGGGACUUACUGCCGCAUUCGGUAUCGUUUUAGCAGGUAAAGCUGUUGCUACUGGUUCUUAUUACCAUAUGACCUACAGAUUCAUCACGAGCAUUCGCGGGAGCCUUGUAGGGAUAAUAUAUACAAAGACCGUGAACUUGAGCGUCAUUGCUUUAGACGAGUCGGCUGCCGUUACCUUGAUGUCUAAUGAUGCUGAAGUCAUAUGCCAGGCGUUUCAAAACAUACACGAGAUUUGGGCGGUACCCAUCGAGCUAGCAAUCGCAGCUUGGCUACUUCAAAGACAGCUGGGAGUAGUCUUCCUUGCUCCAAUGGUCGUAGCUUGUGUGUCAACGCUUUGCAUUUUUUGGCUCUCCCGCUUUUUUGGUGGAGCUCAAAAGAUCUGGAACGAGGGCAUCCAGACUCGUAUUGAUGUCACUACCUCAGCCACCAAAAUGCUUGGGUUCGUCGAUAAGCUCACCGAGCUCCUUCAAGGACUUCGUAUCAAGGAAUUACAACUGGCAGGUCUCUUCAGACGCCUGCUUGUUGCAAGCGAGUUUUUCACCAAUUCCAUGACGAUCACCGCACCUAUGGUGACUUUUGUCGUGUUCGUCCUGGUGGCAAGAUCAACCGGAGAACAACUCACUACUGCUCAGGCGUACACAACACUCUCGCUUUUGGCUUUACUAGCAAACCCUAUCACCCUUCUAUUGAGGGCUGUGCCCACUCUCAACUCCGCUCUGUCCAGCUUCAAUCGUAUCCAGUCGUUUCUGGAGACAGAUUCACUUCAACGCCACAUUCUGCCCUUGAACCCUCGACCGGAUUUAGAUGUGACUGACGCUACCCCUGAACAUCUCGGAUUUCAGGGUGGCGGAGGUAUUGAGCUGAGGAACCGUGGUUCGGAAGACGGAAGCAACUCCACAGUCAUGGAUGUUCGAAAUGCCAGCUUUUCAUGGAGUUAUGAAGCCGCCCCCGUCGUCCAUGAUGUCAGCUUUUCUAUCCGCCGUGGCGAUAUCACAUUUAUCGUUGGCCCGGUUGGGUGUGGCAAGAGCACUCUGCUAAAAGGCCUGAUGAGUGAGACUCCGUCUUCGAAAGGCUUUGUGUACAGCAACUGUCCUGAGGUCGCCUUUGUAGACCAAACACCAUGGGUUCAAAAUAUCACCAUUCGGCGAAAUAUCUUAGGCCAGUCCAUUUUUGACGAGCCUUGGUACAGUGAGGUUAUUCGAGCAUGUGCUCUAGAUCAAGACAUAGCAAACAUGCCCAACACAGAUGACACCAUCGUUGGAAGUCAAGGGAUUUCGUUAAGUGGCGGUCAAAAACAGCGGCUGACGCUUGCACGCGCUAUUUAUGCGAAGAAAGAGCUAAUAAUAAUCGACGACGCAUUUUCUGGACUUGAUGCCGAGACAGAAGAGACUGUUUUUGUGAAGAUCUUGGGCAAGCAAGGGCUGUUGAAAUACUUGAAUGCGACAGUAGUUCUUGUCACCCAUGCUAUCCAUCGAGCGCCAUAUGCAGACCACAUCAUUGCACUAGAUUCUUCUGGACACAUCUCUGAGCAGGGUAAUUUUGAGGAGUUGAUAAAAGCUGGUGGCUAUGUGCAAAGUCUUGCAGUCAACCACAAAUUCGAUAAUGGAACUGAGGCACUGGAUUUGGAGGAGUUAACCGCUGAGCCACGAAAUGAUAUCACAGCAACCGCUGCCGCUUCUAACGAUGACUCGGUGCCGCUAAACGGGGAGCUAUCAACUUACAAGUAUUAUUUCGCAUCCAUAGGGUGGUCGAGAAGCUGCUUAUCCUUCGGUCUUGCCAUAUCAUCUAUAGUUCUGACGAAAUCGACUGAGCUGCUGCUUACUUAUUGGACUGGCUCAGUCGCGGAACAUGGAAAUGAGGUCAACAAUUUCUAUGUGGGAGUUUACGGCCUGCUAUCUGCAUCGGCAACCAUACUUUUUACGUGUGGUUGCUAUCAUUUCUUUCUUUCUGUUGUACCGACUAGCGCGGAGACACUUCAUGCCAGACUUUUGCGAGCUGUUAUGUCAGCGCCUUUGCACUUCUUCACGUCUACGGAUACAGGAACAACGACAAAUCGAUUCAGCCAGGACAUGACUAUAGUGGAUUCCGAACUUCCCUUUGCGUUGAUAGAUUUUGUAACGUCAAUGGCGCAGACAGUCAUGAGCGCCAUCCUAAUGUGCCUAUCAGCGGGCUACUUCACGCUCACAAUGCCUCCAGUUAUUUUUGUAGUUUGGGUGAUUCAAAAGUUUUAUCUGAGGACCUCGCGUCAAGUCCGGAUCUUAGAUCUCGAGGCCAAAUCUCCAUUAUACUCCCACUUCAUCGAAUCGCUUUCUGGUCUCGUCACCAUCCGCGCUUUUGGAUGGCGAGAGGACUUCAUACAGCAGAAUCUUGUCUUACUCGACAACUCUCAAAAGCCAUAUUACCUCCUAUGGUGUAUUCAACGCUGGCUUGGCCUUGUUCUUGACCUCAUGGUCUCGGGCCUCGCAGUCAUUUUGAUGGUCCUCGUCGUCAAGCUUCAGGAUUCGAUCGAUCCCGGACAUGUCGGCCUUGCUUUGCUGAAUGUGAUAGGUUUCGGAGAAUCUUUGGUCUUGAAUGUCAGACAAUGGACGGCACUGGAGACUUCUAUUGGCGCUAUCGGGCGGCUAAAGACCUUCGAAGAGAUCACUCCUAACGAGAAUCUUCCUUGUGAAACACAACUUGUUGCUGGAGAUUGGCCCCCAAGCGGAAAAGUUGAACUCAAAGAUCUCUCGGCAUCUUUCACGCAGUUUGGGAAGCCGAUUCUUCAGCACAUCAAUAUGACGAUCCAACCUGGUGAGAAAAUCGGCAUAUGUGGUCGUAGCGGUAGUGGCAAAAGCUCUUUAAUUAUGACACUCUUCCGUAUGCUCGAGAUUGCACCUGAAAGCUCCAUUCUCAUCGAUGGUGUGGACAUCACCAAGAUCCCACGACAAGCUGUUCGGUCCCGCCUUAACGCCAUUCCACAGGACCCCUUCUUCAUGAAAGGCAGCAUCCGACUCAACGCGUCACCAGAAAGCCUCCACAGUGAUGAGGAAAUCAGUCAAGCGCUGCAAAAAGUUCAAUUAUGGGACAUUGUCGAAUCCAAAGGCGGCCUAGACACCGAGCUCCACGCCGAGUUCUUUUCACACGGUCAGCGGCAGCUUUUUUGCCUUGCGCGAGCUAUUUUACGGAAGAGUAGCAUCGUGGUUCUAGAUGAGGUGUCUAGCAGUGUUGACAUUACCACCGAUAUAUUGAUGCAACGCGUUAUCCGAGAGGAAUUUGCUGGAUCGACUAUCAUUGCGAUUGCUCAUCGAUUGGAUACGAUUUUUGACUUUGAUAAGGUUGCGGUGUUGAGUGAGGGGCAAUUGGUUGAGUUUGACUCGCCGCAAGUUUUGUUGGAACAACCAAGCGCUUUCAGGGAGCUAUAUAAUUCGUGA